GUUUUUCCAUCAGACGUUCAUCAUUAAUUUCUCGGGAAAAAACGCAACAAAAUAUUUCGAAGUACCAAACAACCCCUUGUAAUCGUUUCUCAUUCACACCCAAACCCCAAUCUAGGUUCUCCGUUCAUUUCGUUGUUUUUGAAAAAACACUCCUCAAAAAACCACAAAGCAGAUUCCCCCGCUCUCAGAAAUUCCCGGAUCUUCUCUGUUUCUGCUUUUUCAAAAGCAAUUUCGCAAUCCGCAUUUGCAGAGCCAUUGUUUCAGAAAAUGAGCACGGGAGAGCUUCUCAGCAUCGAACCUCUGGAACUUAAGUUCCCUUUCGAACUGCAGAAGCAGAUCUCUUGUUCUCUUCAAUUAUCGAAUAAGACCGAGAACCAUGUAGUUUUCAAGGUGAAAACAACGAAUCCGAAGAAGUAUUGUGUUCGUCCGAAUACCGGAAUUGUCUUGCCUCGGUCGACAUGUGACAUCAUAGUUACUAUGCAAGCACAGAAGGAGGCUCCUUCUGAUCUGCACUGCAAGGACAAGUUUCUCCUUCAGAGUGCAGUUGUCACUGCUGGCACGAGCCAAACGGAUAUUACUGCAGAUAUGUUUAAUAAGGAUUCGGGUCAUAUUGUUGAGGAAUGCAAGUUGAAAGUGGUUUAUGUUUCUCCCCCUCAACCACCAUCACCAGUUCCUGAAGGAUCAGAAGAGGGUUCUUCGCCAAAGGGCCCUUCAACAGACAAUGGCAACCCAAGUGGUCCAGAAUUUGCCUCUGUUACAAAAGCAUUGGCCAAGUCUCAAGAAAAUUCUUCAGAGACAAGAGCUCUUAUUUCAAAGCUGACUGAGGAAAAGAAUAACGCAAUUCGACGAAAUAGCAAACUUCGUCAGGAAUUGGACCUCUUAAAGCAUGAUGGAAAGAAAAACCGUGGUGGUGUCUCAUUCAUGUUUGUCGCCAUUGUUGGUUUGAUUGGCAUAAUUGUCGGGUACUUCAUCAAGAAGACAUAAUCAUCUACCCCUGAUUCAUCUUUUUGCCAUAUUUUUUCCCCUCUAUUACUUUGUUAUGCCAGGCCAUAAAAAUGGUGGCAAAAGAAACAAAAUUAACUGAAGAGAAGGGGGGCGGCUGAUAGUUUUUGGUCUGUGACUGGCACUAGAAAUCUUGUCCACUUAGGUUUUUAUGGGUUUGUAAUUAUUGAGAACUCCAGAGUAUUGUAUGACUGACACAUACUUUGUCAACAUGAAUUCUUUGAUAACUUGAAAAACCUUACUUUUUGUGUCUC